GUCUCUAACAUGGCUGUGUGGAGUGAAUGAUGCUCGUGUCCGCGGAUAUUUUGGCGAUUAUCCCUCUCUGGGAAGGCUAAUAAUGUCGAGACUUGCCGAUUAUUUUGCCAUCGUUGGAUACGACCACACGAAAGACCGAAAUGGCAUUAGUAGCGGUAAAAUCAUUCAGCGGUUCCCUGAAAGGGACUGGCCGGACACCCCAUUUAUUGAGAGCCUGGAGCUGUUCUGUCAACCACAAGGGUGGGCACUGUCGACAGAACGGCAAGAGCCCAAAUUCUUUGUAUCGGUGCUGACAGAUAUUGAUGCAAAACGACAUUACUGUGCAGUUCUUUGUUUUAAUGAGGCAGUCUCCAUCACACCCAGCAAACCAACUGAUGAGGAGGAUGACAGCGUGGAUUUGGGAAGUGGGGGAGUGCGUGGUGUGGGCCCCCCUGUGCCUCUCAUCACCCACCACUCCAUUAUGUAUGCCCCUAAGUGCCUGGUCCUUAUUUCUACGCUUGACUACUUUGAGACAUUUAGGAAUUGUAUGGGCAUUGUGUACACAGUGUAUAUGGAAGGGCUAGGUGUAAGCAUGGAGACACUUAUAGGCAACAUGGUGGGCUAUGUUCAGGUACCUCCACCAGGGGGACCGCAGGUUCGGUUCAGCAUUGGUGCAGGAGAUAGACAAGCUCUCCAGCCUCCAGCCUCUCCAACUCUUCCUGUCACCGGUACUACUGUUCUUAGCCUCUUCAACCAAUUAGGAGUCAAGAAUGUUUUGGUGCUGUUUUGCGCUGCCCUCACCGAACACAAGAUUCUCUUCCACAGUCAAUCUUACAAUCGACUUACAGAGUCCUGUCAUGCCCUUAAAGCUCUUCUCUAUCCCUUCAAGUACUCCCACGUCUACAUUCCAAUUCUGCCAGCAUCUUUGGUUGAGGUUUUGUCCACACCAACGCCCUUCAUCAUGGGAGUUCAUUCUCACCUCCAGCAUGAUGUUGUUGAACUGAUGGAUGUAAUUGUUGCCGAUCUCGAUGGAGGAUCUAUCCGUGUCCCAGAAAGUCUGACGGUGUCUCUCUUGCCAGAGCCAUUCUGGAGCCAGACCCAUGCUGCUCUCUCGAAGGUGCUUCACCCUGAUCUCAGCACCGCAGACAAUGCCUUCCCCUCAAGUGCUGGUAUCAGGGCCUCCCCACAUAUUGUGAUGGACAAAGAAAUCAGAGCUGUGUUCAUGCGCAUGUUCGCCGAAUUAUUACAGGGUUACCGAUCAUGUCUCACCAUUAUCAGGAUACAUUCAAAGCCAGUUAUAACCUUCCACAAGGCAUCUUUCCUUGGUAACCGUGGAAUGGUGGACAAUGAAUUUGUGGGCAAGGUCUUAGACUGCAUGUUCUUCACCACAUUUGUCACGGAGAGAGGGCCCCCCUGGAGAGUCUGUGACCUAUGGGAUGACCUCUACUCUGGCAUUGGGGACCAACUACGUCUGGAGCAACAUGAUAGUCGAAUGCUUCUAGUCCAUAUUCAGCAGGAACUUGGUCAGCAGCUGUACAGCAAUGAAAACCCAAACCCACAGCCAUUUGUUGCCAAGAUUCCUAAGCCCACUGAGGGUUCAUUUACACGUAUCCAUCAACCAGUCUUCCCACACAUAGAUGCUCAGCAGGUCCAAAGUAUCAUUGAUGAAGGCACUGCCAAAAAAGUGAAAAUCCCACAAAAAGUGGGCCAGCCAAGAAUUGUUCCUAUGGGCCCCCAUAUCUCUAGUCUACAGUCAGGCAGAGGAUUAGUUUCAAGUUCUGCAAGAAGAUUAGAGGUUAUGAGGAAUUGUGUGAACUGCAUAUUUGAGAACAAAAUAAGUGAUGCUAGAAAGACAUUCCCUGCAGUAUUAAGAGCAUUAAAAAGUAAAGCAGCUCGCUUGGCUCUGUGCACAGAGCUAAGUCACCAUGUCCAGGGCAAUAAAGCUGUUUUAGAACACCAGCAGUUUGAUUUAGUGGUUAGGCUAAUGAAUUGUGCACUGCAGGAUGAUUCUCCAAUGGAUGAGCAUGGUGUUGCAGCUGCUCUACUUCCUCUAUCCACAGCCUUCUGUCGGAAAUUAUGUACAGGAGUUAUACAGUUUGCCUAUACUUGCAUACAGGAUCAUUCAGUAUGGGGCAAUCAGCAAUUCUGGGAAGCAGCAUUUUAUCAAGAUGUUCAGAAGGAAAUCAAGAGCUUGUACCAUGAUCGAUCUCAGCAAGCUAGUCGGACUUCACUCUCAUCUGAUACGUCUUGUAUUAAGGAUCCAUCAUUAAGUCCUGUGAACCCAAGAGAUCCCUCAGAUUCUGGUUCUUGGAAGGAGUCCAGAUUGUCCUUCCUCAGACCGCAUGAAUCUUCAGCUUUGGAAAUUGCAGCAGAGCAGAUGAGGCUCUGGCCUAAUAUUGAAACAAGAAAACAACGGGAAAUAGUGGAACAAGAGGAGUCCACUCUAUACUCUCAGGCAAUCCAUUAUGCAAAUAGGAUGGUGUUCCUUAGAGUUCCCAUAGAUGUUAAUGCAGCCACACAUAGACGUACCUAUAAUGAACGUGACACUGCCAGUAACAGUAUUACAAAUAGCAUGGCAGAGAGUGAUAGUUUAGAUGCUGAGUCCGGCUUUGAAGACCAAGAACAAAGUGACCGUGAAGCCAGCGUAGUGCGCUUUGUGGCAAGAUUUGUUGACAAAGUAUGCACGGAAGGUGGUGUGACAGAGGAACACAUCAAGUCGCUACACCAAAUGAUACCAGGAGUUGUAGCUAUGCAUGUGGAGAUGCUGGAUGCCGUAUACAAAGAAUCCAAGCGUUUACCACCAAUACAGAAGUCCACCAUAUUCAUCAGACGUGAUGCUUAUAGACAAAGUACUGAUGGUACGUACAAACCUGACCCAAGAUACACAGAAAUUGUCCAUGGGCAGCCCAAGAUAUUAUUGCCAUCGUUAGUGCCGGGUGAAGAAGUAAUGUAUGAAGGCUUGAGGGUUUACCUGCUUCCGGAUGGGAGAGAAGAUGCUACAGGUGGUAGUAUUGGAGGCCCAAUACUGUUGCCAGCUGAAGGAGCACUGUUCCUCACCAACUACAGACUCAUAUUCAAGGGUCUGCCUACAGAUCCAUAUGCAUGCGAACAAGUUGUUGUAAGAUCUAUGCCAGUCUCCUCCAUCACACGAGAGAAGAGAGUCCCUGCCAACCAGCACCCAGGACCCAUGGAUCAGUGGCUGAGUGAAGGCCUCCAGAUACGCUCAAAUACCUUCCAGUUAAUCAAAGUCGCUUUCGAUGAAGAGGUCUCACCUGAAAGCAUAGAAACAAUGCGCAAGUUGAUAAACCGGCUACGACAUCCACCAUACAUAAUGAAUCUCUUCGCUUUUGUGGGCCAUAGUCAUGUUCCACAAACACCAAGUAGACAACAGAAAGAUAAGCCAGGAUAUGGAACAUUAAGAGGUUUUGCCAAGAAAACUUUAAUGAAGACUGCAAAGGUAGCUGGCCUGAAGUCUGGUAAGGGUAACAAACGGAACAAGUAUCACUUCCCAAGCAACAACAAGUCAAUGACCUCUCCAGGGAGGAUGAGUUUAGCCCAAAUGGCCAACAUGGACCUCAGCAAUGAGAACCUGGCCAUUGAUGAUGAUCUGUCCGUUGUUGAUGAGCAUGAAGCCUCUGGCCUCAGCAAUGGCUCUACAGGGCAGUUAUCUGUGAGUGGAUUGGUGGGAGUGCGUGAGGUAGACAGCAAGACCCUGGAGAAGCUCUCUGAACGGAGCUACCACAAGGACUACAUGCGCUUGGGGCUCGGCAGUCUAGCAAGCAACUCCACCACCGUACCUCCAAGGACGAAGUCAGACUUCAGAAUCACUACUUGUAAUGUCAACUAUCAACUUUGCAGAAGUUAUCCAGCCCUGUUGUCUGUGCCCCCCAACACGGGUGAUGACAGCAUUCACCGCCUGGCACGAUGUUAUCGCCAAAAUCGCUUGCCAGUUAUCACUUGGAGACACCCACGCAACAAGGCUCUACUCCUGAGGGGUGCUAGCUUCCAUGGCAAAGGUGUAAUGAGCAUGCUAAAGGGACCGCCAACAACAACGGGCACAACAAGUGAGGUAUCAUACUCAGUGGAGCAAGAGAAGUACCUUGCAGCAGUUGUACAGGCAACCCCUCUGUCCGUCCUGAGAGAAGGGUCCACUUGGCGACUCACAGGCUCUUCACCUUCAAUCAACUCCUUGGUGCUGGCCGCAGGGGGUGCAACCUUGGAAGUUCCCCCCUACCAUCCCACUUACCCCACACUCACACCAGAAGUGGGGCGCAAGUCAAAUCCCUUAUCGAAGGCUAUGAACACAUUACGGACAAGCGGGGGCAAGGGUACUGGCAGGAUGGGUCGGUGGGGCUCCCUGCGUGGAGCACGACCUGGUGUGCCGUCCAGUGGGGGUGUAGGAGGGACCUUAGGGACCCUCCGCCACCACCCCACAUCCACCCCUGCCCUUCGUUCCAGCAUCAACACGGGGCCAAGGCUCUCCGUGGACUCAACGGACAUGGGAACAGAAGCCGUGCAAUCCUUCCACAAAGCUGCUCUCUAUGUGUUUGGAGAAAAGACACAAAUUAAGGGCAUCAAAACAGAUGCUUACCACAAGACAGAGUUCAUCCCCGUUGAAUACACAGAGGUGCGCCAAAUCAAGUCCUCAUUCAAGAAGCUGAUGAGAGCCUGUGUACCCUCCUCUCCAGCUGCUGAACAAGAACAGUCCUUCUUCAGAGCAAUCGAGAACAGUGAAUGGUUGAAUCAGCUGGAGACCCUCCUGCAGGUAGCAGGGGCCAUUGUUGACCUGAUUGAUUUGUUGGGAGCAUCAGUUAUGCUUCUCCUAGAGGAUGGAUGGGACUUCACUGCUCAGGUAACCAGCAUAGCUCAACUCUGCUUGGAUCCAUACUACCGCACUAUUGAAGGGUUUAGAGUCCUGAUUGAGAAAGAGUGGCUUGCAUUUGGUCAUCGAUUCAAUCAUCGCUCAAAUCUCCUCCAGGGAUCCCAAGCUAGUGGCUUUGCUCCUAUAUUCCUUCAGUUUCUAGAUGCUGUCCAUCAGAUCCAGCGGCAGUUUCCCUUGUCUUUUGAAUUCAAUGAAUACUACCUCCGUUUUUUGGCUUACCACUACGUGUCAGCUCGUUUCCGCACAUUCUUGAGUGAUUCAGAGCUAGAGAGAGCAGAGUUAGGCAUCAUGACAGAGGAAGAUAAGCGAGGUUCCUUGUCGAGACACCACAAAGGCUUAGAGGCAUCGCAGGAUGAUGACAUUUAUCCAGGAGUAUUUAUAUCUAUUCCAGGUGGGAGAGUAUCAUCACCAGGUUCUUCAGGACACUUAGGCACAUCUGUAUUUGACUACAUAGAGAAGCACAGCGGCCGACACUCCAGCUUUUACAACUUCCUUUAUGUUGGAGACAGAAUUAGUGAUUCUGCAGUAUUGAGGCCAGUGAAGGAGUUGAGUGCACUUCAGCUGUGGAGCUACUUGAUAGGGGAAGAACUGCGCCAUGGUCCUUCUUAUGACCCUGAGGUACGCAGCCUAGACCGACAGCAAGAGGAGGAGGCAGAGGCCGCGGAUGGCACAACUACCACUUCCCAGCGCAGGAUUGUUAUUAGUGGAUACGAUUGUGUGUGGGGAGUCCAGGCAGAUACCUUCACAGCACAGCUGGAGGAGUUGCGUCAUUUGGAGCUGGAACUGGGACACCUCCCCCAGAAGUGGAAUGUGCACUGGGAUAAGCUGGAAUUGCCUCCACCUGAACAGCUAACACGUCAAGUGUCCAUGACCACGCAGAUGGUUCGGCACCACGGGCGAAGUGUGCACAAACGCAGCACCAUUGAGAUAUUGAUCAGAGGCAAGACCAGCAGCAGUGCAGGUGGAGGAGGCGACACACCGCAGGGCUGCUACUCCCAUCCUCACCGCUUUGAGAAAUACAACUACACCACGCCUUCGUAUUGCGACCAUUGUUCAUCUCUCUUGUGGGGCCCCUUGAAGACUGGCAUGCGAUGUAUGGACUGUGGUUAUAACUGCCAUGAGAAGUGUAUAGAGUCUGUACCAAAGAACUGCACCAGGUUUAAGAGUGUGAGGGAAUCAGGAGUGAGUAUCCAAACAAGCACAAAACCGACCAGCUUAGACAACACUUCAGUUGGAUCAGGGGUUACUUCAUUGCAAACUACAUCUCACCAGUACUACGAACAGUUUUCUUCUAAUGUUGCUGAAAACCGCACACACGAGGGUUACUUAUGGAAACGUGGUUCACUUCUCAAAAACUGGAAACAGCGUUGGUUUGUACUUGAUAGUAUGAAGCAUCAACUGAGAUACUAUGACAGCAUGGAAGACUCUCACUUUAAGGGCAUUAUUGAAUUAUCUGAUGUUGUUGCUGUGGUUCCAUCUGGCCCGACCCAAGGAGCACCAAAAAAGGUUGAUGAGAGAGCCUUCUUUGAUCUGCAGACAAAGCGCCGCCUGUAUAACUUCUGUGCAUCAGAUGGUGCGGCUGCUCAGGAGUGGAUUGAAAAGAUCCAGUCAUGUCUGCAGUAGAUGGAGGAAGAAAAGAAGCAAUGCUGUUUUUCUUGCAACCGUGUCCGAUGUGCUUUGCUGAAAUCUUCCAAACAAUUGGCUGUCAAUUUUUGUUCAGUAUUAUUAUGGUGUUUCUGAGGCAAUUACAUGAUUUCUCUUUCCUUGUUCAUAUUUUUUUAUUUUUCUUCUUCUUCUCCUUCUUCCUUUCACUUCCUUUCUCCCAAUCUAAAUUUCUAUGUAAAUACAAAUUUUUGAUUAGAAGAAAUUUUGCA